AUGGAUCAUUUUAAUCUCGACGAUAGGUCACUGCCCAAUGUACCAAUCCGUGUGAAUCACAGCUUCAAUGUCAUCAUCGGAUGGCCCCUGCCUACGAAAGUAGCGUGCGCCUCCACGGAGCAAUCGAGGCUACUGUCCCUCGGCUCAAGGUUUCUUCUCAAGGAGCGCGGGAGAGAAUCUCCUAGCCAUGAGGUCAUCAACGCCCACUUUAUCAAAGAGAAUACCACCUUCCCCGUUCUCACAACCGUGCAGGAGUGGACCGAGGGCGAGUAUUCCAGAUCGUCGAGCGGGUGCCUGGGCCUGGGGUACCGUUAG